UCAAACGCAGCGCGGAGCCGGCGGGGCCGUGCCCGAUGGAGCCGCGGCUGGUGGGGCCCGGGCCGUACCGCGCUACCCGCCUGUGGAACGAGAUAAUCGAGCUCUUCCGUGCUGGGAUGCCCUUACGGAAGCAUCGCUGUCGUUUCAAGAGCUACGAGCGCUGCUUCAAAGCCUCGGAGGCAGUGGACUGUUUGCAUGAGCUACUUGGCUCUAACCAAAACUUUGGCCCAGAAGUGACUCGUGAUCAAACGGUUAAGCUGCUUAAAAAAUUCCUGAAAAAUCAUGUUAUCGAAGAUAUUAAAGGAAGGUGGGGCAAAGAGGACUUUGAAGACGAUGGCCAUUUAUAUCGAUUUCCUCCUUCCUCACCACUGAAGUCAUAUCCAAAGAAACCUUCAUGUGGAAAGGAAGUAAUUAAAUUUCCAGACUGGAAUGAACCGAAAGCUGGCACUUCUCAAGAAUAUAUCCCAGUGAAAUCCAUCACAAUGAACUCUGAGAUGUGGUACAAGCGACACAGUAUAGCUAUCGGGGAAGUACCAGCAUGCAAACUAGUGUUCCACAGAGAGCUAACACAAACAAAUAUAGAAGAGAUAUGGAAAUCCAUGACUUUGUCACGAUUACAGAAGGUCUUGGGUUUGGAUUCUCUGGAUGAAGUGUUAGAUGCAAAACUUGUGAAUUCAAAACAUAUAGUUCAAAAUGUUUACAAUGUCAAUAAGCAAGGCAUUGUCACUUUAGAAGACAAAUCAAAAGAACUACCUCACUGGAUAUUAUCUGCAAUGAAAUGUCUAGCAAAUUGGCCCAGCUGCUCAGAUCUGAAGCAGCCUACAUACUCAGGGUUUGAAAGAGAUGUCUUCAAAACUAUAGUGGACUACUUUGGCCAGAUGAAAGAGCCUCUUCUCCCAUUUCAUUUUUUUGAUAUUUUUGUUAGUGUGUUAGGACUGCUGCAAAAACCCAGCAAGGCUGUAGAAGCUCUUCAGAUAUCUUGUCUCCUGCUGCCACCAGAAAAUAGGAAAAGACUACAGCUGUUGGUGAGAAUGAUGGCAAGAAUUAGCCUGAACCAGGAUUUGCCACCUCUUUCUGAAUCAGUGAGGACCAGAACUUUGAUAGUUCAGGCAUUUUCCCGUUGUAUUCUCUGCUCAAAGGAUGAAAUAGACUUGGAUGAACUUCUUGCUGCUAAACUAGUAUCUUUUCUCAUGGACAAUUAUCAGGAGAUCUUAAGUGUUCCUUCUGCUUUAAAGUCUUCCAUAGAGGAUCAUGUUGUACAUCUUCAGAGAGUCCAAAUAAAAUACGCAGGGGCUGAUAGUGAUGCAACACUUCCUCCUCCAUCAUUUUGUCACCAAAUCAGUACAGAUGAAUUUGAAUACCAAAGGGCAACUGGCUCUCAAGAACCACUGGCAGCUUUGUUGGAAGAAAUAGUAAUGAAUAAAGAAAUAUCUGUGAAAGAUAAAAAGAAGAAGCUCAAGCAAUUUCAGAAAUCUUACCCUGAAGUCUACAGAGUACGAUUUCCUACCCCUGAAACUGAAGCAAUGCUAUUUCCUGAAAAAACUAAACAGAAACCACCAAUACUGAUGUGGGCCUUAAAAAAGCCUUUUCAACCAUUUCACAGAACCAGAAGCUUUCGGAUGUAAAUGGUUUGAAAUAUAUCAACAAACGAACUGUGACUGCAUCUUGUCAAUGAUCUCAUGCAAAAGGAGCCUGAGCACCAUGUGGUUACUCAAAAAAACUACUGGGGAUACUGCUAAGAUCAUAGAAAAUGUUGAAAGAAGAGGAGAGUAUUGAGGUGGUAGAAAUGUGAACCAUUAUCAGUAUUUUUGUAAAGCAUUAUUUUUUUAAAUGUCUGUUACUUUAAAACAAGCACCAAAAAAUGGUAACAAAAAAACUCUAAACAAACAAACCCACCAUACACUCAAGGGGAUUAUUCUGUAUGUGGGUGAUAAGGUACACUUGCUAUGGUUUGGUUUGACUAUCAUUUUAAGGUCUAAAUGUAUUUGUAUGUAAUGUAUUCUUUGCAACUAGUCAACAGCUUUUUUUUUUCCCUCCCCGAAAAUGAGUGUCUUGCAUAAACUAGGCUGUAUUUGUGCACAUACAGUGUGAGGAAUUAACAUGCUUGACUAAGUAUGAAACACUGGCUUUUGCUUUGCUUUUUGUGAGAGGCUGCAAUAUUAAAGGUUAAUGAUGCAACCAAUCGGCUGUUUGCAAAAGAUGCAGGUGCUUUGCUGAGGCCAGGUUUGCACCCCUCAACCACAGGAGAAGGGGAGAGUUUUUGGGUGUGUGGUUAUGAAACCUCUGAUCUGCAUAACAAACAGCCCAGGUGCAGAGGGGAUGAGCAUCCAUCACCAGAGGAUGACAGUGACAAACCCACCGUUGUGUAGCAACAAGCUGGGGUUUGGAACAGAUAAGGGAAAACAGAUAAGAAGCAGAUCCUGCAAUAUGGGAUACUGCUUUUUAUCAUGCCAAUUUCCUCCCUUACACAACUGUCUCAGGUGUAAAACUCUCCCCUAUCCUGAGAUACAGGGACAUUCACAACACGGCCUGAGGGUAUUCAUCCAUUCUGUUAAAGCAGAACUGGCUCAAUUAUGCUGGCAUGACAAACAGGGGUCAUGUCUUUGCCCCCAGACUCAUUUUUUGGGCCUUCUGCCAGAGGACUGCACAUGAUCCGCAGUGUUAUGAGGAGAACUACCUGGGCAUUCCCACCUGAAAAUAUUGAACCCAUUGAACUUUGGAUUUCAGGGACUUCCCUUACCCCUGAGGGAUCAAAACUGUAACCAUCACUUCGACCAUGGGACAUCUAAAUUGCAAUGAUCAGAUCUCAUAUGGUGGUGCUAUCUUUCCUCUUCACUAUCUGCUCUUAUCCUUUCUUUUCAUCAUAUAUUUUCACAAGUGUAAUAAUUAUACUUUUAUAUUGCUAUAUUUCUAUAGAUAAUAACCAAAUCUGCUAUGUUCUUCCUUUCCAUUUUAAUCAAAUUAUUCCAAAAUCAACCUGUUGUCUGUCUGUCUGUCUAUCUAUCUAUCUUUCUGUUUAUAAAAACCCCACCAUUCAUUCAGUGUUGUUUCAUGCUAGUCUGCAGUGAGGGAUCUAUUAACAAGAACUUCAGUUAACCUGCCUCAGGGGCAGGUUGUAACAUUGCUGACCCUGACACAGCAGAUUUAUUUUUGAAAACUAAUUCUCAAUUUUCUGAUACAUAUGGUGCAUUAUAGCUUGAGUGAACUUCUGUUGAAAUUCCAUUAACUUUAUGUAGUCCUGACCCAUUCUGAUAGGCAACCCAGCCUUUUUCCCCUAUGCUCUUACUGCAUAUUGCUGUACAAAGGUGGGUGCUUGACAAUAGAAUAUACUUUAUCAGAAAAAUUUAGUCUUGAGCUUCCUCUAAAAAUGGAAUUCAGUUGUUGAAGUGACAUUGUAGCGUACAUUCUUUUAUUGAUUAGUUUUGCAUCGUGAAAUCUAGUGUACUUAUAACCUGACUGUACAUAUUACAUAGUUGAUUCUGAGAGCACUUUCUUAGCUAUUAAAGCAUUGCCAUUUUCCUGUA